CUUUGCCUAUAAAUUAACACACAUCUCCAAACCAAAUGUCCAUCAUAAUUAACUUUCUUCCUUCCAUAUAAAAAUACAUUCUCCAAAAACAAAAAAAAUGGGUUCUAAUGAGCAAAUUUAUACAGUUACUAUGAGCAAAAAAGAGGUGGUGGCUGCAGUAUUACCAGUGCAAGAUCAUUGGCUACCACUCUCAAACCUUGAUUUGCUUCUUCCUCCAGUUGAUGUGGGUGUUUUCUUCUGUUACAAGAAACCAAAACUGAGUUUUGGGGCUAUGGUUAAUGUUCUUAAAAAGGCCAUGGCUCAGGCUCUGGUGUCAUACUAUCCUUUUGCUGGUGAGGUUGUGGCUAACUCGGUGGGCGAGCCGGAGAUUUUUUGCAACAACCGUGGUGUGGAGUUUUAUGAGGCGGUUGCUGAUGUUGAACUUGUGGAGUUAAACUUGUAUAAUCCUGAUGAGUCUGUUGAAGCUAAACUCGUACCUCGCAAGGAGAAUGGUGUUUUUGCUGUUCAGGUGACAGAACUAAAAUGUGGAGGAAUUGUAGUAGCGUGCACAUUCGACCAUCGCAUAGCAGAUGCUUACUCAGCCAACAUGUUUCUUGUAUCAUGGGCACAAACAUCUCAAUCCGAACCCAUCUCCAUCAUUCCGUCCUUCCGACGAUCUUUGCUUAACCCUAGACGUCCCGCUCAUGUCGAUCCUUCUAUCGACAAUCUUUACGUGCCCAUCUCCUCACUUUUCUCAUCGAAAAACUCGAAAACCGAUAAUAAUGCCGAUGAGCACCAUGACGAUGAUGACCAUCUUAUUAGCCGCAUAUACUACGUCAAAAAAGACGAACUCGUUCGACUACAGUCGCUCGCUAGCGCUAACGGAUACAAACGGACUAAACUCGAGGCGUUUAGUGCAUUCUUAUGGCAGCUUAUUGCAAAAUGUGCUAGUACUAAUACAAAAAAUGGGAAGGUAAAAAUGUCGAAAUUGGGGAUCGUUGUCGAUGGACGGACUAGAUUAUCAAACGGGAACGAUUCGAUGUGCGCUUAUUUCGGAAACGUUCUUUCGAUACCUUACGAUAGCAAGAAAAUUGAUGAACUAGUUGAAAAUAAGUUGAGUUGGGUGACAAAUAAUGUUCAUGAGCUCUUGAAUGAGGCAGUAACCAAGGAACAUUUUCUAGGGUUAAUUGAUUGGGUAGAAGCACAAAGACCAGAGGCAGCAAUAUCUAAAAUAUAUACAAGUAAUAAAGAAGAUGGACCAGCUUUUGUUGUAUCUUCAGGGCAAAGAUUUCCAAUUUUAAAAAUGGAUUUUGGAUGGGGUUUGCCUAUUUUUGGAUCAUAUCAUUUUCCUUGGGGUGGAAAAACUGGUUAUGUCAUGCCAAUGCCUAGUCCUCAAGGGAAUGGAGAUUGGAUAUUGUAUAUGCAUCUUUUUAGUGACCAACUGGAUUUCUUGGAGAUUGAAGCUGCCAAGUUUUUUAUGCCCUUGAAUUGGGAUGAUCUUCAAGCAUCUGCAUGAGACUAGCUGGUGAGAGUGUUAAAUAUUUUUACGGUUAUUCAAUUAUAUUAUUUUUAUAAAAAGUUACCGACAUUUAAUUAAUCAUAUUUUGAUGAUUCAGUAUGCAUUUUAAAAAACAACGGAAGGUUUUCGAUUAUUCGGGCUAAAUUUUGCAUGUGUGGGAUGAGUGACACAUUGACUACAUCGGCUAUAUCGUAGAUUUUUGCUUGAAUUGAUCGGACAACUUUCUGUUUUUUUUAAUAUAAUAAUUGAAUGUCGGUAACUGUUUUAUAAUAAUAAUGUAAUUAGGUAAUUGUAAAAGUAUUUAAUGUGCCAGCACUACCAUUGGGUUUUCUGGUAUACUUCAAUUAUUUUCAGAAUUAUAAAAUAUCGAGUUCAAUAUUAAGUUGGAGUUGAUGAAUGUAAUUUGUACGUGUGACCAUUUCUAUUUGUAUAUUACAAGUUAAAACCUAAGAAUUUCAAUAUUUAAAAGCAA